AUGGCUCCUCUACGAGCUCCAUUGCGGUCUUUUACCCACGUCCCUCGACGCUUCUACUCCGGAGCUCCUACCCCUUCCGCAAAGCUCAAUCUACCCAUUGACUACAAGACAACCCCAAUUUUACAUCACACCUCUUCUUCUCUGGCAAAUACAACAGACUUCCCCGCAGGUGCCACGAGUAAACGACUCAACUUCUUUCAAGCGAUCAAUUCCGCCCUCAAAACAGCCUUAUCAAAAUCCGAGAAGGUCCUCCUCUUCGGCGAAGAUGUCGCCUUCGGUGGUGUCUUUCGGUGCUCAAUGGAUCUACAGACAGAGUUUGGCUCAGAUCGGGUAUUCAACACUCCACUAACAGAGCAAGGCAUUGCGGGAUUUGCAAUAGGAUGUGCGGUGGAGGGAAUGAAACCGGUUGCGGAGAUUCAAUUUGCAGAUUAUGUUUUCCCCGCAUUCGAUCAGAUUAUCAACGAGGCAGCCAAGUUCCGGUAUCGUGAGGGUGGCACAGGGAUCAAUGCUGGUGGUCUUGUGAUUCGCAUGCCAUGUGGUGCGGUUGGACACGGCGCUCUAUAUCAUUCUCAAUCUCCCGAGUCCCUCUUCGCACACGUCCCCGGCGUGCGGGUGGUGAUGCCGCGGUCCCCAGCACAAGCCAAGGGUCUUCUUUUGUCGUCGAUUUUCGAGCACAACGACCCGGUGAUAUUCAUGGAGCCUAAGAUUCUGUACCGUGCGGCUGUGGAGCAUGUCCCGAACGAAUACUACACAAUACCACUCAGCAAGGCCGAAGUGAUCAAGCCUGGAAAGGACCUGACUGUCAUUUCAUAUGGCCAGCCUCUUUACAUGUGCUCUUCUGCAAUCUCCGCCAUCGAAAAGGCCAUGCCUGGUGUCAAUGUGGAACUCAUUGAUUUGCGGACGAUCUAUCCUUGGGACAGACAGACGGUCAUUGAGAGCGUGAAGAAGACAGGACGAGCCGUGGUAGUUCACGAAAGUAUGGUCAAUUACGGCGUUGGUGCAGAAGUGGCUGCAACGCUGCAGGAGAGCGCGUUUUUGCGCUUGGAAGCCCCCGUGAAGCGAGUUGCAGGAUGGAGUACUCACACAGGUUUGAGCUACGAGCAGUUUAUUCUUCCUGACGUUGCAAGAAUAUUUGAUGGUAUCAAACAGACAUUGGAUUAUUAA